CAACUGUUGCUGCCGAGGCGGAUUCCCACGCGCGCAGCUCGGGAGAAUCCACACACGUGUGUGACUUUAUUCCUCUGAAAGUUUGGGUGAAGAUCUGCGUCAUUUAGGUCCGAGGAGGUCAGACUGCAGACUUCCUCCAGGAGAAAGGAGGUGUGGGGCAGCUGGGGGGUCGGUCCUGGGGAGCAUGGCUGCGGGAUCCAGCGCGCUGCUCAUUUGGUUCCCUUCACUUUAGAUCCACGGCGCCGUUUUACGCGCUCUGCUGCCGCGCGCCUCACUGGAGGAGCGGCUGUCCCUUCCUGAGGGGGGUGUGCUUCGUUCGCGCGUGUCUGCGCUCGCGGGACGUGUUUCGUGGCUCCUGGAUCGAAGCUCUCGGCGCUCAGCCGCGGAGCCGCUGCGUCCUGGUACACUGAGGACUAAAAGGUGUUCGCUCCCGGACCAGAGAGAGGAAAUAUUUGGACUCUUCUGCUGCUGCUUGCUAAGGCAUAAACCUCCAGAGAAGUUCUACACCAGAAGGAGAGAAGUGGACCUCUGAAAAUAAGCGCCUCGCGGCUCCGGGGCAGCCAUGCCGCAGGUGGACAUGAUCCUCCUCCUGGUUCUCACCUUUGGGAUGUGCACGCGCGGUCAGGACCCGGCUUCCAAGUUGGUGUCCGACCGCUACGCCGUCUUCUGGAACAGAACCAACCCCAGAUUUUACCGGGGCGAUUACCACAUCGACGUCUGCAUCAACGACUACCUUGACGUCUAUUGCCCGCAUUACCCCAGCCCCGUCUCUGACGACCGGGCCGAACGCUACGUGCUCUACAUGGUGAACUACGACGGCUACAGCUCCUGCGACCACACAGCCAAGGGCUUCAAACGCUGGGAGUGCAACAGGCCUCUGUCUCCGAACGGACCGCUCAAGUUCUCUGAGAAGUUCCAGCUCUUCACUCCGUUUUCUUUGGGCUUUGAGUUUCGCCCCGGCAGAGAGUACUAUUACAUCUCCUCAGUCAGCGAUGUCAGGAGGAGACGGAGCUGCCUUCGACUCAAAGUCUUCGUCAGGCCCCAGAAUAAUUGUGUGAAAGAUCCCGGGAGCGAGCAGGACGGCGUGAAUUUUGACGAGAACAACCACAACUCCCUUGAACCCCGAGACGACAUUGGCCACGAGUCACCAGAACCGUCCCGGACGGACGUGAACUCUGCGGGCCGGCACCAGUUUACCAUCCUGCCACUUAGCUCCGCCCUGAUGCUCCUGGCCGCCAUCUUGUCCUUAUAGCAUUCAGCGCCCAGUUUCCGAGAAUAUCCAUGGAUUAGACCGUCCUGAUUGGACGACGAGCCGCUCUACCCUGCAGCACCUCCUCCAAGGAGCACUUUUUCAGAAAGACACUGAUCACCUCUCGCCGACCGGCGGAGACGAGGACUUCAGCUGUGAAGCUUUUGUUGUUUAUCGACUUUUGUAAAAUGCCAACUAGUGUGAAUCUUGUGUGACGGGCAGGUGCGGACAGUAGAUGCCCCUCUCUGCCUGCUGAUGGUACAAAAAAAGCCUAUGUGAGACGAAGACGAGCACACCCACUUGAUUUUAGAAACUCCCGCACAGUCAGUUCACUUAGAUGACGCGGUGCGGAGGACCGGACACAGUAGCAGAGAGCAGGAGAAUGCCGUUGCUAGGCAACUGCUGCUCAGAACGUGCAGAGGCGGGGCUUAAUCACCUUCUCUCAGGUUUACAUGGUGUGUACAAACGGUUUAAAGAAGCACUCAUCUAUUAGUGUUUGAAUAGAAAUGAUUUAACAAUUUUUCACUUUUAAACUCAGUUGUAGCCGCCUACACAGGUGUACAGUAAAUCUAUGAGCAGAGCGUUAAGUGAAUAUGCCAACAUAUACUUUCCUAUUUAUUAUAAAGUCCUUGUGCUUUCUUUGCCCACUGAUUCUGGUAUAAUGCAUAAGCUAAUAGGCAAUAAUCAACUUUGAUAGCUCGUAAUAAAGCUGUUCAUUUGUAAUAGAUCACUUUUUUAAACAAGGUCCAGGACAUGGCGAAAAUGUGCGUCAGGGUGUAGAAAUAAAGUGUUUGUGUUUUGAAGUUGUCAUUGACAGAUGUAGUGUCCUGUUCCACGAUAGUUUGGUGAAUCACACGUCACACAUUGCUGUACAUAAAGGCACGUUUCCUGCAGACUUCAGGGAGGUUUUCUUCACAUGAGAUUUCUACCUGAAUCUCUGGAACGUUUACUGUUUUGGCGAGAUUGUGAAGCAGGGGGUAAACAGAUCAGUCAAUCUCAGAAUUACAUUUAGAUAGAAAAAAAAUCUGCCUGACUGACAUCACGUCACCAGGUCUAAACACAAAUGAAAGAUUUUUAGUUUAGAUUUUAAUUUAUGUAUUUAAAUGAAUUUAUAGAAGACAACACCGUUCAAUAGCAUCAGAGUUUGCUAAAGAGAUGCUUCUCAAUGUUACCUACAGAUGAGUUCGGUGUCUUUAAAUCCUUCAAAAGUUAAUAAGUUUGGGAUGUUGUUAUCCUAUUUAACACUGGCUAUAACACUCAAAUUCUUCAAUUAAGUAUGGGUUAAUUUGACGCAGUGCCUCUUUAGCCCCUUGAUGCCUACAUUUAUUUCCAAUUGUGGGAAAAAAAUGUCAUUUAUAUUUUUGCGUUCGAGUAGAUGAUAAGUUGAGCAAAUUUUGGAGCCAAAGUGGUUUGAAGUAAUGAUGGGCGAUACCACUUUUUAAUAUUCGAUACUUUUUGCAUAAAAUGCUCCAAACCAAUUACCAACACCGAGUGCUGGUAAUUUCUUCAUGGUGAAUUUUAAUCUUUCUCAAGCAUAUUAUUUUUUUUCCUAAAAGAAAUUCCAUCUUAACAACUUAAGUGUGCAUGGUUAAAAAUACAAAACUGUUUUUGCUAAAAUGAUCUUCUCAUGCCAGGCUGUGAUGUUAUUAAAGGGUAACCAAACACUAAAUCAACACAUUUUUGGCUGUUAACUUCUAUAAAUUGGGCUUUUAAAGUGCUGACUAUUGGUCCUUGACAAAUUUCUGACAAUUUAAAAAUAUACUUGUUUAAUUCUUACUGCAUUGAUCAAAAACUGUCUGUGAGCUGCCCCCUACAGGUUGACAUGAGGUAUUACAGUUGAAUUUUGUGAUUGGUCAAACCAUGUAAGUCCCACGUCAUGAACAAUAAUAAUCGAAUGAUAACCUUUGGUGACCCUAUAAGGAACGCCACUGACUGUAUAUGAGAACUGGACACAGCAAGUGUGACGUCACCCAUAGAAAAUGGCUCCAUCCCAAUGAAGUCAAUUGAGUCGCCAUUUUCUUAAGGUACAGAUGUCGCCAUGUUGGAUCUAGAAAUUAUCAAUGAGCAGUGAGUCCUAGUUGGUCAGAGUCAUGGUAACCAUAUUAACCAAUCAAGAGUGAGCUUGUUGGAAGGCCACAUCCCUACCACUUGAAAGCGAGCUCUGGAGUAUCUGUCAGUCAAAUACUUCAAACAUUAGACCACCUACGUUUAUUGAGACAUCCGAGUGGUUAAUUUUCUAACUUGAGUAACUGCAGUAAAGAAAAAAAAUUCUUUAAAAAAUUGGUUUAUCAAGAACAUGUAAAAAAAAAA